CUCACAGUGUCCCAGCAGUUCAGUCCGGCAGCGGGGAGAGCGCGGGAUGGCCACGGUGCGGGAGAAGGCGCUGGCUCUGGACCUCUGCACGUCCUACAGCCCGGUGCACAGACCCCCAGGUCCCAACUUGAAUAACAAGCCGUUCCGGGCCACCUACAUCUGGAGCAGCAUCAUCCAUGCCCUCCACACUCAGGUUGAUGUGAAGAAGAGGAGGCACCACUUAAAGUCUCACCCAGACUGUUUUAUUGGCUCCGAUGCCGUGGACAUUGUAUUUGCUCACCUGGUGCAACACAAGUAUUUUGGCGAUGCAGAUAUCGGCCGCUCCAAAGUUGUGCGCGUGUGCCAGGCUCUUAUGGACUGUAAAGUGUUUGAAUCUGUGCUGACCACUUGUAUGUUUGGUAAAGAGAAGAAGCGGGUUGUGUUUGAAGACAGCAGCUGCAGCCUGUACCGGUUCCUCAAUGCACCCAGUCAUCCUGCUGGACAGGUGGAGAAAGGCCGGUGUACACCGCAGCGAUAUACCGGGAGGCACGAACAAGCCGGAUUCCAGUCCUCGCCUGUCCAGACACAGAACCUGGAAGAACUUUGGGAUAACCUCAGUUUGACGCCUGCUGACCCGACGCAGAUGAACCUGCCAAUAGACCUUCCGGCCAGUGUUCUCGGUGAAGUCUGGCAGGAGCAAACAAUUCGUCGACUUCUGCAGCUGGUGGAACUACCCGUUCUGGAUUCUCUGCUGGAGAACACGCCCGUAGGACCUAAAGGUCAGAAAGCAAAGAGUGAGGAGCUGAUCAUGACCACCCACUACCUGGACCGAGAGAUCCUCAAAGCAUUUAGUGACUCUCAGGCGGAUGAGUGGAUUUCUGCAGCUGUGGACUGUCUGGAAUUCCUCCCUGAUCAAGUAGUGGUUGAUGUGAGCAGAAAUCUCCCUGAACAGCAGGACAAGGAUGUGUCAUGGAAGCUGCUUCUGUUUGAGACCAUCAGUAAACACUACAGCCAGAACAGGGUACCGCUGGUCACCAAUCCAUUCUUUGACAUCCAUACUGGUAUUGCAGAGCUUUUGGUGAAUGGGAAGACUGAACAAGCCCUGGAGGCCACGCAGUUGUGCUUGAAGCUCUUGGAUUCCCAAAAUCGAGAGGAGUUCAGAAGACUUCUCUAUUUCAUGGCUGUUGCUGCAGAACCAUCAGAGUUUAGACUACAGGAAGAGAGCGACAACAGGAUGACUGUUAAAAGAAAAUUCUCCCGAGCCAUAGUAAACCACAAGAAUUUGUCCAAAGGAAAGUCUGACCUCCUGGUGCUUUUUCUGUUGGACCAUCACAAGGAUGUAUUCAAGAUUCCAGGGACCUUGCACAAGAUGGUCAGUGACAAGCUAGUGGCCAUUCAACAAGGAAGGGACCCUGACAAGGACACAGGUUACACGUUCUGCCAAAGAGUGGACAAAAGAGAAUUUGAUACAGCCGCACAGAAGACUACACAUACCGAACUCUGGACUUUGUUAAAAACUAUUUAUGAGAACACUAAACUUUCCCCAAAGGAGAAGAAACGGCUGCUGGGCCAAUUCUACAAAAGCCACCCAGAAAUCUUCAUCCAGUUCUUUGGGGACAGAGUGAGCACAGUGUAUAUGUAACUAAGUAUUGUAAAUAACCUAUAUAAUGUAAAUUUGAAGUGUUAAUAUUGUAUAUGUCUAACGGUCUAUUUUGCAUGUUAAUAAAAAAAACUUUUAUUUUUA